AUUCCAAGUAAACUUCAGUCAGUGGUGUGAUUGCCGAAGCAGGCGGUAGCUACCACAAGCGACAAGCGACUGCGCUCGCGUCUGUCAAAUUCUGCCGCGCUAAUUUAAAAAUAUGCUGAGUGUCUGAGUGAAAACAAGCAGUUUAUAUUAUUGUGAUUGAAAAAAAAAAGUUAAAAAUGGCUGUGAUUAAACUUCCUUUGUUCGACAUUGUGCCUGUGCGGUUCAACCUGUGGAUCAUGAUAUUCACCGCCUGCUGGGUGUCCUACAUGAUCAGGGUGAACAUGAGCCUCAACCUCAUAGCCAUGGUUCCGCAGACUCCUCAGAAUAUGACGUUGAAAUCUCAGUGCAGCAGUAACGUCGAAGCGCUACGGCAAGGGAAUGAAACGCUACCAGAUGUUAGCAUCGUUCCCAUUAACGAAACUACGGAAGAGGUGUCAUAUGGAACCGUAUUCAAUUGGACAAAAGAUCAGCAGGCGACCAUACUCGGUGCAUACUUUUGGAGCUACCCUGUGACGUCACUAAUCGGGGGAACAGUGGCUGAGAGAUGGGGUCCCAGAUAUGUGGUGUUCUGGUGCUCCGUAUUGGGAGCAUUGUUGACAGUCCUGAGUCCAGCUGCUGCAAGUCUAGGCUAUAUAGCCCUUGUUCUGAAUAGAUUCGUUUUAGGAAUCACUGGGGGCUUCAUAUACCCAGCUCUUCACGUGUUGGUGGCGCGAUGGGCACCACCAGCUGAAAAGGGAAAGUUUACCAGCGCCCUGAUGGGUGGAGUAUUGGGAACCGUGGUCACCUGGUCGGUAACUGGGCCCCUGAUGGAGAAUUAUGGAUGGUCCUGCGCGUUCUACGUACCAGGUGCACUCUGCCUGGUAUGGUGCGCAUUAUGGUGGUACCUGGUUGCUGAUAGACCCACAGAGCAUCCACGCAUUGCGGAAUCCGAAAGGAAAUACAUUAUGGAAGCUUUGGGUGACAAAAUUCAGAAAACUAAGGUUGCUCCACCGUUCAAGAAAAUAUUCAUGUCUUUCCCAUUUUUGGCCAUGACGGUUCUGCACUUCGGAAACCUUUGGGGUCUUUACUUUAUAAUGACGGUUGGACCGCAAUUCGUAUCCAAAGUACUCGGCUUCCAACUAUCUUCGGCUGGAUUCAUAUCGGCUCUGCCAUAUCUCGCGAGAUUGAUAUGUGCAGCAAUAUUUGGCGCUAUCGGAGACUGUAUAUUGUCCAGAAAAAUGAUGUCGACUACAGCGAUCAGGAAAUUCUUCUGCCUGUUCUCGCACAUUCUACCCGGAGUUCUCCUCAUAUUGCUCAUGUACACGGGUUGCUCCACGGCACUGUCCGUUGCCAUGAUAACGAUGUCCAUGGGCUUCAACGGAGCAGCGACGUUGACGAAUCUCCAGAACCACCAAGAUCUCGCGCCGAAUUUCGCUGGUACUCUGUACGGAAUCGCCAAUUUCGUGGGCAGCACUUCAGGAUUCUUUUCACCAAUGAUUACAGCUUAUUUCACAAGAACCGGGGACACAUUCACCCAAUGGCGGCCAGUGUUUUACAUUGGUGCUUCUGUGUACAUCGUGUCAGCGGUGUUCUUCAUGAUGUUCGGCACAGGACAGACUCAGUCCUGGAACUUCGUAGAAACUGACGACGAAGAGAAAAACGGCAAAGGUAAAGAUAUGACUGAAGUGACGAAUGGAGUUAACAAGAAUGACAAACCUGUAGAAAAUAUUACCACUACAAGCACUUGGAUGAAAAUAAGAAUUCGCGCCAUUGUGGGAAUAAUGAUAUUUUUCGGUUACUUCCUCAUAUACGUCACUAGGUACAACAUAGCAGUGCAUAUUGUUGACAUGGUCGAUGGGCCGUGGAAGCACAAACGAAAUAGGAGUGAGAGUGUGAGAAAGGGGCAUCGGGCAGAAAGCUUACGAAUAAGAAAGAAAACAGGGUCUGUCAUAGACAUAAUGUACUGGAGUGAGAGCAAAAUAAGUUUGUUACUGGCAGCCUACCAUUUGGGAUACUGUACUUGCUUUCCUAUUUUCCAUAACUAUGGGGACAGGUACGGGCCGACGCGCGUAGUGGGAGUUAGUGGUUUCGUGUCUGGUCUCCUGAACUGCCUCACUCCAGCAUCAGCCUACUACAGCUACUGGGUGUUGUUCCUGUUUCGCGUUAUUAUUGGAUUUUGCGCGGGCGCAAUGCAACCAAGUAUGGUUCAAGUUCUAAGGCACUGGGUCCCUCCUACUGAAAGACAUCAUUUCAUGUGGGCUUACUGUGGGUACACCUUAGGAACAUGCUGCACCUUCUUACUGUGCGCCGCAGUCCAGUAUUACUCAACGUGGUGUGUGGGCUUCUACCUGAGUGGGGCAGCCCAAGUUACCUGGUCUAUAAUCUGGUUGCUGGUGGUCACCGACUCUCCCAACAAACACUCCUUCAUAUCUGACGAUGAACGAAUCUAUUUGAGUAAUACAAUCAGUAAUGUUUUUGCUAUAAAGCUUACCAAUUCACAAGCGCCUUGGAAGCUAAUACUGAAGUCAGUGUCAUUCUGGGCAGUAUGUAUUCUCAGUUUUGGGUACAGCUGGAUCCUUGUAUCGCUGUGUCUACACGGACCGCUCUACUAUAGCAUAGUACUGCGAUAUAGUAUAUACGAAGCGUCUGCAUUGACUGCUCUGCCGUUUCUAAUCCGAUUGGUUCUGGGUACUUCAGCUAUACAGACCUACCAUUGGUACAAGAAUAAAUAUGGCAUGCACGAGACGAGGCAUAUCAUCAAGUAUUUAAUAUCAGUAUCCCACGUGAUACCAGGUGGUAUAACCCUGUUGACUUGGAGUCUGCCCCUCACCGUCAGUCCCUACGUGCUGACCACCGCCAUAGCGCUAACAGCGGCAGGCAUGGAUCUGCCUUUCAAUAUCUGUUAUGAGCUAUCACCGAAUUACUUCAAUUCUAUAAUAACUGUGAUCAAAAUAAUAAGCAAUGUGCCCGGCAUUAUAAUACCGAUAUGUGUCGGGGAAGCUGUGAAGUUGGUGUACAAAAACGAGAUACGAGUAUGGAAGAGCAUCUGGUGUAUUCACGGCCUAGUGCUGCUGCUCAGCGGCCUGGUGUUCAUGGUGUUUGGCGACACAGACAUACAGCCUUGGAAUGAUAUACGACAAAGAAGUUUUAGGCCGAGGCAAAUGCUAACAAUACGACCUUCCACCAUGUCCGCCAUUACUGAAGCUGACGAAGACGAGUUAUCAUCGACUCAAAGUUCUAUCCGAGCUGUUGGCCGAUCUCAACGUCCAACAAUGUUUAAAGCUUUCAGGCUGUCGUCAAAUAACUAAGUGUGUAAUGAGAUAGACGCCGAAACUAUUUUCUAUAAUAUACAAUAUUUUAGUUUACUAUUAAA